CCUCGGCUCCCGGGUUUCCGGCGCUCGCCGCAAGUCCCCGAGCCGGGCCCAUGGAGAGCCUGGCGCGGGGGCUGGUGCGCCUGGCCAAGGGCAGCGCCCGGCCCGAGCGCGCCGGGUUCCUGCAGAGCAUCACCGGGCACUUCUGUGCGUCCCACGAGGACGAGGCGAUGGUCAACUGCGGCUUGGACCAAAACCAGUUUGUCAUUUCCGACAGCGAGUUCCCUGGCUCCACCCGGAUCCUUCUAAAGAGACCGUCCUUUUGUCCCAUCAAGCACCUGGAGGAGAGGCAGGCUGCCGCGCUGCCAGAGGCGCUCCGAGGCCGCGGGGUGGACGUGGGGGUGGCCGUCAUCCUGCAGUCUGUCGACAGGAGAGUCUUGCUCACGCGAAGGGCCAAGAAUCUCAGCAUCUUCCCCAACAUCUGGGUGCCCCCCGGUGGGCACAUGGAGCCGGACGAACAGUUGCUGGAGGCGGGCCUGCGGGAGCUGCAGGAGGAGACAGGCUUGCGGCUGGAGCCGGGCGGGUUCUCCUGGAGGAUGCUGGGCCUGUGGGAGUCCGUGUACCCGCCCAUGCUGAGCAGAGGGCUGCCGAGGCGGCACCAUGUUGUCGCGUACCUGUUGCUUCUUUCCACCGAGAGGCACCAGCAGCUGCAGACGAGGAUCAAGGCGGACGAGAGCGAGGUGAGCGCCUACGCCUGGCUGGAACCCCAUGUUCUGGAGUGUAUCGCGGCGGUCGAGGACGGAGCAGAGAACACGGGACACGUACCCAACAACCUCCCCCCAACCAUCAAAGCCACGGAGCUGAGCGGGUGCUUGGCCCGGCCCACGGAACUUCCUACCGCCACCUUCCUGAACACAGCACCUGCAGCGGGGGAAGAUGUGGAACGGGUCAGCACCGGGACCAGGUUUGCCCUUCAGCUCUGGCUAGACACCUUAGCCGUGCGAGACAAGUGAGCAACGAAAUCCCAGGCCCCGGCCUCCCCACAGGGCAGACAGCUGGGGAGUGGAGCGGCCGGCGAAGGAGGUCGGCUCCGUCACCACCUCCUGCCCUCGGACCUGGUUUUACCAAGCACGGCUGCCGAGGCCUGCCAAGAACGAAGUUCCUUCUCACCGCUCCAAGCCCUAGCAGGAAGGGAAGACGGGGAGUGGGGUCGCUCUCUGGCCCUCCCUCCUAUGAAGGAAGCAAUGGACAGGAAGGAAAGGCAAGUCCUGAAUGGACUAGGUGGGAGUGCCAGCAUUAAGCCCAAACCCCGGCUGCCUAGGACAGGGGGGAGUCGUUCACUGUCUUGGAAGCCAGAGUGUGGAGAGACACGUCAAGUAACAUUAGAAUAACCGCCCCUGCCCUAGCCAUCCAAGUGUCUUGCUUAGCCAAAGGGUGCACUGAAGAGACAGCGUGUGUCAGUGGUUUGAGCUCAGGACUGCAAGCUAGGAACUUGUGUUCCAAUUCCACCUUCCACUGACUACUUCGUGGCUCUGCCUCAGUUUCCCCUUGUGGAAAAUGGGGCUAACGCACCCUUCUCCCCAGGUCCCAGCUGCUCAAAUCCAGCUUGAACAGAGGCUUCUGCUCCACCAGUAACUGACACCGGCACAGUGGGGGGCUGUUUUGAACUUUAUUAUCUAAAAGGUAGUUUGCAUAUAAUACAAAGUGUUGCAAAUAAUAAACAGCUGGAUAUCAAACGGACAGAAUAAAUAAACCAGAGAAAGUGGCUAGCUGCUUUUUAAAGGUGUCUAGAUCAUGUUUACCGUGUGAGAGAGAGCUUAUAAAACACUAAGGGACUUCAGACAGUAUCAAAACCCCAAGAUGCUCCUUUACCCCCCAACCCCCCACACACCCUCUACACAAACAACUUGUAUGUACAAAACUUGAAAACAGCCAGCGCUCCCUGUAAAGGCAUAAUACCUUAAUGUCGGUCUCAGCUUCUAGCUACCUCAAGCACCACCUGUAGGUAACAUUGAAAGUACCUGCCUCUCAAAGGGUACAGUGGAGCCACUAUACUGUCACGUGAGUUGAUCAGCCUGUGACUGGCCUUGGAGGAGACAGUACAAAGGACAGAUGGGUAGGGUUACAAAUGUGUAUAGAAAUCUGCCUUUACUGGGAGCUGGUCUGUCCAUCCCCCCUCCCCCCAACAUCAGAACUUUAAAAACCCACAAACAAUUAUGUUCCCACUGAAAUGUACACAGUACAUUUGUUCUGGUCCUAAGUCCCUUUUCAGCUUGGUGCUGGGAAGAUGAGCAGAGAGAAAGGGGUUUGCAAAAGUCCAGUAAUCUCUCAAAGCACCAUUUUUCCAAAAAGCAAAUCCUCUACCUAGCACUUCUCCACCAAGGAUUUCAAAGCAGUUCACACAAGUGGGGAAGGAGAAUUCUUGUUUUACAGACAGCUACGUCUGUCACUUGGGAGAUUUUCAGGUGAAAAGUCCCAAGCAAGCUAGUUCUGAGGGCCGGUAUUUUGAAGGAGACUGUAGUAGCUGGUUCAUCAUUUUCCAGCCGACCGCUCUUUAAAUGAAGAGCAUCAGUGGACUCAUCCCUCUCCAAAACAGAGGGAAAAUGAUCAGCGCAACUAAGCCUGGGCGAAGCAUGCAAGGUAAAGCUGCACCUUAACUAUUCCUCAGUAGGAUUUACAACUUUUAUUGCAUUCAGAAAUUCACUACAA